AUGCCGUUGGUUCUGCAGCCGCCACCCGAGCAGCCGCGAGAGAUUAACCAAGGUCGCUUUGCUAUCACCUAUAGCAAUCUGUCUAAUUCUCCUCUGCUGGAGCACGAGGAAUGGCUUCUAUCCACGUAUCUUCAAAUUGAACUGUACAAGAAUCAUCCGAUAUUCCACAUCAAAGAAUGUUCAACGAUACUCCUGGAGGACUUGACAGCAGCAUUGCUGGAGGUGGAGAAUUGGAAGACGCUCGAGUGGGAGAACCAGAGAAUCAUCGCAGUCCAGUCAAGCGAGCUUAGGAAUUUCAAGCAUUGGCUCGGACGAUUACUAUGCCGCCCAGGCUUCGAGUCGAUCCUCGAUCGAGACAUUCUGGAUUCCGAUGAGGGUGGUAAACGGGAGUGCGGGGACAUUGUCGACACAGAGACCAUCCAAUCAUUGCAAGGGCCGGAUGGUCGAAAUUUCCUCAAGGCAGGCAUUGAUGAGGGCCGAUAUGUUUUCGGUCUCUGUAUGGAUGGCUUCCAACCACAUGGGCGAGGUGGUCCACCUUGUUCGGUUGGCGCCAUAUACCUUGCUUGCAUGAAUCUCCCUCCCAACCUUCGGUAUAAAGCUGACAAUUUGUUCCUUGCUGGCAUCAUUCCC